AUGUCAUCGGAAGAACCACUAUUCGAUCCCUCUCUUAAGAAACGUAAGAAAAAGACCGUCGCCUUCACCGAAGACCCCCUCGGUGCUGAUGCUGAUCCCACAACGCCUGCACCGAUAUCCAUCGACAACCACACUACGAAUGGAGAUGCUGUGGAUCUGGGUCCUACCACCUUGCAUGAGCAAAUGAAGCGCAAUGAAGAUCCUGAUGCUGUAGCCGAUGUUGAAGGCACCAAUGGAGUGAAGGAAGAUGAUGAUUUCAAGGCCAUGUUCCCUGACGGUUUGAAGAAGAAAAAGAAGAAGAAAGAGAUCCCAAUGGAUUUGGGGGAUGAAGCCCCUGGUGCACCCACACCACCACCACCAGCAGUACCUGCAGUCUCAGAAGAUCUCGAUUUCUCUGAUAUAAAGAAGAAGAAGAAAUCGUCGUCAAAGAAAAAGGCUAUGGAAGAUUUCGAGAAGGAGCUUAACCAGGCAAAGACGAAAGAAGACGAUGAAGCGGAAGCUGAUGAUGGCCAACACUUAGAGGACAUCGACGAAGCUGAGUUAGGAGAUGAUCCAUUUGCGCGUGGUCAAGAUGCACCGACAGGGAUCGAUGCAGGUACCGAGCCUUGGCUUAGUAGUGACCGAGAUUAUCUCUAUUCAGAGCUCCUACAACGAUUUUAUGCCUCCCUUCAUGCCUCCAACCCUUCACUACUUACAUCCACCGGUAAACGUUACACGAUCGCCCCUCCCCAGAUUCUCCGAGAAGGAAACAAAAAAUCUAUCUUUGCCAAUGUCGCCGAUAUCUGCAAGCGGAUGCACAGGCAACCAGAGCAUGUUAUUCAGUUCCUGUUCGCUGAAAUGGGUACUACCGGUUCUGUCGAUGGUUCGGGGAGAUUGGUUAUCAAAGGACGAUUUCAACCGAAGCAGAUUGAAAAUGUGUUGCGACGAUACAUUGUUGAAUAUGUUACUUGCAAAACGUGCAAGUCUCCCGAUACGCUUUUGACCAAAGAAAAUCGUAUAUUUUUCAUGUCAUGCGAGUCAUGCGGUUCUAGACGCUCCGUCAAUGCCAUCAAGAGUGGUUUCCAAGCACAAGUUGGGAAGAGAAGCAAAAACAAGACUGGUUAA